GUUGUUCGAGACAUAAAUGUAUACUAUUGUUCAUCUCUGCAUGCUGUCUUGUAGAUAACAAAAUUUGACAACUCUCUUCUCUUUUAAUUACAGCGAUACUCAGAAGCGACUCAGACGACGAUCUUCUCUUUAUCCGCGUCUAUGGGUUGCACUGUGAGGGAAAAGCACCUCCGAGCGAAUCGGAGACCUCGAUCAUCCAAACCCUAUAUGGAUUCCUGCUGUUAUCUCGACAAGGCUCCCAUUUCCAAAUCUAUACUGGAAUCAAGCCUGAAGCCUGUGAGAAACCAUCUUGCUCUCAACGAUUCUUCUCAAAAUCCAAAUUCCAACUCUAAUCCUACCCUUAACCCUAGUUUUUCCCUUAAUGUUGAGGAAACCGGCUGGGGUUACUGCACCGAAGAACAAUUAGAAGAAAUUCUGUUGAAAAACUUGGAACAUUUAUAUAAUGAAGCUGUAUCGAAGCUUGUUGCAUUGGGCUACGACGAGGACGUGGCUAUCAAAGCAAUAUUGCGAAAUGGGCACUGUUAUGGUCGAAUGGAUGUGCUCACCAAUAUUUUACAUAAUUCGUUGGCUUAUUUGGAUAGUAACUGUGAUUGUACCAGUACUAGUAGUAAUGGCAAUUCGGAUGAGUCCGAUCCUGUUUUCUCUGACUUGAGGCAGUUGGAGGAGUGCUCUCUGGCAGGCAUGGUCUGUUUGCUGCAACAAGUCAGGCCACAUUUGAGUAAAGGCGAUGCCAUGUGGUGUUUGCUUAUGAGUGAUCUUCAUGUAGGACGGGCAUGUGCCAUGGAAAUUCCAGUGCUUCCUGCUUCAGGUAAUGGUUGUCCAGAUCCUAGUGCCUCUGAGGCUAGCAAUUCAGUUGGUGUUUUGGCCCCUGCCCUGUGUAGGUUUCACGGGGGUUGGGGAUUUGGAAACGGGGGAGGCUCAGAUCUCCCCUUCAAUGGGUUCUUCUCUUAUAGCGCUGAGAUGAAUUUACGAAGAGAUAUUGAACUUCCAAAAAGGUUUAAUCUUUCUCCUUCAAUGAAGUCUUUACUGAAAAGAAAUGUUGCAAUGUUUGCUGCUGGUUUUAGGGCAAAUUCAAAACAAUUUCAGACACAGGCCAAGGCCUCUCCCAGCAAUAGCACUUUGCCAAGCUUGGAAUCUCCAGCUGUAUCAGGGACUGAUGUCCCAACAGAGCAGUCUGGGGAUUCUCAGAAUCUGAAUAACAAUGAUUCUGUGAACUCAGUGUUGAGCAAAUUCCGUGAUCUGAAUCUUGAUGAGAAUCUGGAGUCUGUGACAGAAGAUCAGAAAGAUGAGGUGAUAGUCACUUUAUUUCGUCAGAUUAAGGAUCUUGAGAAACAGGUAAAAGAACGAAAAGAUUGGGCCCAUCAGAAGGCAAUGCAGGCCGCAAGAAAGCUAAGCAAUGAUCUGACUGAGCUGAAAAUGUUGAGGAUGGAAAGAGAGGAGACUCAGAGAUUGAAGAAAGGGAAACAGGCACUGGAGGACACAACCAUGAAAAGACUCUCAGAGAUGGAGAAUGCUUUAAGAAGGGCCAGUGGUCAAGUGGACCGUGCAAAUGCAGCUGUGAGACAGCUUGAGACAGAGAAUGCAGAAAUUAAAGCAGAGAUGGAGGCUUCCAAAUUAAGUGCAUCAGAAUCAGUCAUGACUUGCUUGCAAGCUGCAAAGAGGGAGAAAAAGUGCAUGAAGAGGCUUGUAGCUUGGGAAAAACAGAAAGCUCAGCUACAGCAAGAGAUUUCAGGUGAGAAAGAGAAGAUACUGGAGAUGCAGGAAGAAUUGGUUCAGAUUAAACAGCGUCGGAAAGAUGCUGAGGUCAAGUGGAGGAAAGAGUUGAAGGCUAAAGAGGAAGCCUUAGGAUUAGUUGAGGAGGAGCGACGGGCUAAGGAAGCAGUGGAGGCUAAAAAUAAGCGGAAGCUUGAGGCUUUGCGCCUAAAGAUAGAGAUAGAUUUCCAGCGGCACAAGGAUGAUCUCCUAAGACUUGAGCAGGAGCUUUCACGCUUAAAAUCAUCUGCUCAGUCUGCUGAGUUUCUAAAUCAAUCAAAUACUUCACCUGCAAGCGAGUCUGAGAGUGCAAAGCCCCAAAGAGAGACAAUUGCUAAGAUGCUUCAAGAAUUAGAUAAACUGGAGGCAUACUCAGAUAAAGAAGUAAACUGUGAUAGGGAAUGCAUAAUAUGCAUGAAAGAUGAAGUCUCUGUUGUUUUCUUGCCUUGUGCUCACCAAGUUAUGUGUGCUAGUUGCAGUGAUGAGUAUGGGAGAAAGGGCAAAGCUGCCUGUCCAUGCUGUUGUGUUCCAAUUGAGCAGAGGAUUCGUGUAUUCGGGGCAAGUUCGUAGCUGAUAGUUUUUUUAAUAUAUGCUAUGAAUUUUCAUACUUGUCCUUAUGCUGUGGGAAGUCAUCAUAAUCAGGAUUUAUGUAAAUAAAAGCCAAGUCCUGGCGCUAGCUCGUCUCCAGGAAUAUCUCAAA